AUGGCACCCUCAGCAAUCGAAACAGUAACACAACCCACCGACCAACUGACAGGCGACGAACGAGCGCAACAACUUCGCAAAACAACAGGAGACAGGCCUCUCGACCGCUUCGUCUACGGCGCCCAUCCUAUCUCCGGCAACCAAAUCGACGCAGUCAAGCAAGUCCGGAUCCCUACCUUCACAAAUCCCUUGGACGAACGAGAAUUCCGGAAACUUCACGCGGCGGCGUGUAUCCGCUGGCUUGGCCAAAAUGGGUAUAAUAAUGAAGGCGCGGGUGGGCAUAUCACCGUGAGGGAUCCGAUCAAACCUGAUCAUUUCUGGAUUAAUCCCUUCUGUAAAUCCUUCCGCUAUAUCCGACCAGAUGACCUCUGUCUCGUAGAUGAAGAAGGGAUAGUUCAACCCGAAGGGAAUAUGCAUGCGAUUAACCCAGCUGGCUUUGCUAUCCAUAGUGCCGUUCAUGCGGCACGACCAGAUGUCAUUGCUGCCGUUCACUGCCAUAGUCUACCCACCAAGGCUUUCUCUGCUCUGGGAUGUAAGCUUGAACCUAUCAAUCAAGACGCCUGCCGGUUUUAUGAGGAUCACGCCGUCUACGAGGACUUUGGCGGGAUUGUGCUUGCACACGAAGAAGGGAGGAGGAUCGCAACGGCGUUGGGGAAUAAGAAGGCGGCGAUUUUGCAGAACCAUGGGAUCUUGACUGUAGCGAAAAGUGUCGAUGCCGCUACUUACCUCUUCGGAGCCAUGGACCGAUGUAUCGAGGCUCAGCUACUAGCUGAUGCUGCAGCGGGUGGGAGAGGGACGAAAACGAUCAAGAUCCCGCAUGAGGAGGCGGUGUAUACGCGGAGAGUGUAUACUGACGAGAUGGAGUAUAAUAUGUUUCAGUCUUGUUUCGAGGAUGUUGUUAGGGAGUCGAAGGGCGAGUUGUCGAUGUUGUCUGGUGGCGAGAGGAAUGGCUUCAUCUCACAGUAUCAUGGCACGUCGUUGACUUCAUUUGCGACUCCCGUGCCUCCCGCUGGUCGACAGCAUCACUGUUUGGGCUUCGGCGAAGUCGGUGAAGCCAACCACGAUCAACAGGGCGGGAGAUUGAGCGAGUCUCAGCAUGCCCGUGAUUUCGAGUCUACCCCCUGUCCUCGAUGCGUCACCAUCGAUCAAUCGAUUAGCCAGCUGGGUCGAGUUAUGCACGACAUCUCGCGUGCACCACGCAACCUCGACGACCAUUUCCCAGCAGCCAAAUUGUCUGCCUCGGCCGGCCGCCGCUUUAACGACCGACACGAUACCCACGACAGGUAUACGACAUCCCUUACCCGCCAACAGCGUCAGGAGCCGGCUUCGGCCUUCUACCAACGAGCAGGGUUAGCCCACGACUAUUCACGGCCAUCAUCAUCGUCCGGCAGUGCGCAUACACUACGCCGCACUCCACAGCUCGACGACCUACGUCCUUCUCGAGUCCGGUCUCGCUCUGUUGAGUCACCAGUACGAGAGCUAGACGAGUCACCCGAUUGCUCUCGCCAAAAGUCACCAUCGUUUACUGGUACCUCGCAAAGAAGGGCGACAAGUGCCUUCUGGGCAUCGCAGCCUCCACAUCCAGCACUUCGCAUUUCCCGGCGCACCCACGCCGCAGUACAGUACGUCAUCGAGGAAUUUCUGCGCCAGCCCAACAACUUCACUCCUGUGCUAGAGGAGGAGAACGCUCAGAUGUCCGACCUGGGUGGUGGACGAGCAAGCAAUGGCGGGCCACAAGCUAUUCGCACACCUCGCGAUGUCAUGAGAGACCGCAACGCUCGCGAGGCUAAGCGCCAAGAAGAGCAGAAGGCGGAGGAAGCAAGACGGGCAGAGGAAAGGAGGAGAAGUGCUGAGCGUCGUGCUGCGACUGUCCCUGGUGCUGCGCCGAGGUUCAGUCAGGCGUCAUCACAAUACACUCCAGAUAUGUCGACGCAACAAGGUGGCUUUGAUGGCCCGUCUGAUAAGAGAGGAGGUGGUAACAGAGUAUCUGGUGCGGACGUACUGGGCGAGCCAGUGAGCAGGACGCAGGAAUACGCGCAACCUCGAACUAGAAGCUCGAGUGGUAUCGCGCAGCCGACUGCUCCAUCAAGUGGAGCUCGACGCACGACACAAGCCCAGAACACCCCUCGACAACCCAGUGGAUCUGCAACACAACCUGGAGCAUCAUCACAAGCCGGAGCAUCGUCAGCGGCAAGUGGCCAGCGCGAGCCUGCAUCAUCAUUCCCACAUGCCUUUGAACGAUGGGAGACCUUGUCCUCACAUUGGGAGGGCCUAACAUCAUACUGGAUGCACAAGCUCGAGUCAAACACCGAGGAGAUCAGGAACACCAUUCCCAACGCGUCGACUCUCAAUCGACAGAUCACAGAUCUGUCUGCUGCUGGUGCGAACUUGUUCCACGCUGUUGUGGAGCUGCAACGUCUGCGGGCGAGUAGUGAACGCAAAUUCCAGCGCUGGUUCUUCGAGACUCGGUCUGAUACUGAGCGCCAGCAAGAGACGCAUGCGCAGAUGGAUCGCCAGCUCAAGCUCGAGAGGAGCGCGCGAGAAGAGGCAUCGGCUCAAAGAGCAAAAGCUGAGCAGGCUGCUGAUUCAGCGAAGCUCGAGGUUGUAGAGGCGAGACGCGAGCUGAUGAUCUCCAAGGAGGAAGCUCGUCGUGCGUGGGAGGAACUGGGCAGAAGGAAUCAAGAUGCACUGGAUCUUGCAGACCACCUCAAGAACGGUAGAGUUGCAGUUGUGGGUGGUGUGCAAGUUGUGCCGUACUUUGGCGGACCCAGUAGGACUGGUUCGGCAAGUCAACGCCCGACCACACGAGAUGGCCCUCAACAGUAUGGCAGCAUAGCCGGCGCGUCAAGUGGAGGUCCUGCGGGCUUUGCGAGUCCAGGCGAGGAGGCAGAAUACUACCGAGAUCGUCCUUCACCAACCGACACAGAUCCGUUCACGGAGCAGCACCAGUCUCGACCUCGAGUGAGUGAGUCCGAGAAGUUAUCUCACGGAGGUGCUUCGUACUUGCCACAGUCGACUGGCGCGGAGACGAGUUUGAGCCGUCGUGAGGUGUUGGACGACCAGCGUACGCCACAGCCACCGGCGUCUGCUUCUUCGCCCGACGCUCAGCGAUUCUACCAGCAUGGCCCAACCGAGACAUUCCUGCACUCGCCACCAGGAUCAUCGAGUGGUGGACCAGUAGCCACCAUACGUCCCCCGACACAGCGUCGAGAGGAUGUGAGGUCCGAGGGCAGUUACGUCGAGACUAUUAGUGAGGGCGACACAGAAUAUGCCAUCGACGCCGCAGGCAACAUCCAACACGACGAGCAAGGUCGACCUGUCGUGUUCCGUCGCCGUCUGCAAAGCCAAGGCGAAGAAAGCGAGGAUGCGUACGACGAAGAUGCUAUCCGCCAUGAGCGCGAGCACGCAGCCAGGUAUGGACAGACAUACGUCCCGACCGGUCAAGACAUGCCUGAGGCGCCUUCCGUCCCCACCACGAGCGCACAAGCUGUAGCGACUUAUACGCCAACAACCGGCGCACCGUCCUCUGGACCGGACUAUGAGGGGUCCGGGUACGGUGGCUGGGAUGCCGUGCAGACGACUCGCCAUCAUCACCCGACUAGAUUGAGUGAUGUGUUGGAAGAGGACGAGGACAGGAGCUCGCGGCAUACGGGGCACUAG